AUGGUACAACCUUUUUUCAACGAUAUAUCUAGGGAUAUAAAUGGUCUUUUAAACAGGGACUUUUUCCAUGCCAGCCCGUUAGCUUUGAAUGUUUCGACGACUACAGAAAAUGGAAUGAGUUUUAGUCUUAAGGGAAAGCAGACUGUUAAAGAAGGCCCUAUUCAAACCAGCGUAGAAGGUCGGUUUUACGACAAGAAGGAGGGGGUGUCAUUUUCUCAGAGUUGGUCGAAUCAGAACAGGUUGAAUACAAGACUUGAGUUUUCCAAGAUUGCACCCGGUUGGAAAGGUGAUGUGAAUGCAUCUUUGACUCCGCAGGCGAUCAAGAACGCUAAGAUCAAUCUGAGCUAUGCCCAAAAAUCUUUUACCACGAGGAGUUCUGUAGACAUUCUGCAGCCUAAGGAUUUUGUCGGCAGUUUGACUGUUGGUCACGGCAGGUUUGUUGGCGGCAGCGAGGUUGCUUACGACCUGCUCGGCAGGUCAUUAGCACGCUAUGCCAUGUCAAUCGGGUACCUUUCCAGGGACUAUUCAUUUGUUUUGUCUACUAAUAAUAGGCAGUGCGCCAUAGCCUCGUUCUUUCAAAAUAUUGAUCGUUGUCUGCAAGUAGGAGCCCGAGCCACUUUGCAAUCGAAGACAAGCUCGAACAUGAACAUUGAGUUCGUCACCAGAUAUGCGCCAGAUCCCACCUCACAAGUUAAGGCGAAGAUUGCAGACUCAGGCUUGACUACACUGUCAUAUAAGCAAAAUUUGAAUAAAAGCAUUUCUUUAGGAAUAGGUAUGUCUUUCAAUGUGUUACAGCUGGCCGAGCCAGUUCACAAAUUAGGCUGGUCUUUAUCCUUUUCAGCUUAA